UGUGUGAGAGAGAGAGACAGAGAGAGAGACAAAAAGAGAGAGACAGAGAUAUAUAGUGUGACAGAGAGAGAGACCGAGAUAGAUAGAUAGGGAUAGAGAGACAUAUAGAGAGAGAGACAGAGAGAAGGAUAGCAAGUGAAAUAGGGGACAGAGGGAUUGAAAAGCUAUUGUAGAAGGAAGAGGAGACUCUACUGGCUGUGUCGGAUCAGCAGCAGCUGUUGGAUAUUCCUGUCUUCCUGUCUACGGUGGCGGGUUGAAGAUCCAGACCAAUAGACAGGAGAGAUGGAGAGGUCCAAGAAGAGGACCAACAGAAGCAGCAGUACCCUUGGCCAAGGCUAGGAGCUCCACACCAACGCCCACUGUAAACCCUAACGCAUUUUGAACUAAAAUACUUCUACCAGCCCUCCCUGGCACCAGUAUGCGGCCCCCAGCCCCCCUUUCUCCCCCCUCAGGGCUGCUGCUGUUGCUGGUCUUCUGCCCCCUAGUGGUUGUAGCGCAGGCCAGCAGCAGUAAGACGGAGAGCGGACACAGCACACACCAUGGAGACACAGACCCAGACCGCUGUAUGAGGCAUCACUUCGUGGAGACCAUCACACACUCCAUCUACAAGUGCCACUCCAAUAUGGUGUUGCUAGCUCGGUGCGAGGGCCACUGCAGCCACACGUCCCGCUCCGACCCUCUCAUCUCCUUCAGCUCGGUGUUGAAGCAACCCUUCAAGAGUACCUGUUUCUGCUGCAAGCCCCACACCUCCAAGCUGAAGGCUGUGAGACUCCGCUGCGCCGGAGGGAGCCGCAUCACAGCAACCUACCGCUACAUUCUCGCCUGCAACUGUGAGGAGUGCAGCUGAGCUGGGAAAAAUACUUUUUAAAACUCUAGAACUCUAGAACUCUAGAACUGUCUCCUUGAGAACGUUUCUGCACCUGCGAGUCGACAGCUGUGAAGAGUGGAAUCCUAGAACAUGUAAAUUAGAAGAACCUGCACCUUUGUAGAACCUAUAAGUCCAGGCCCUACCCAUGGACCGAGUCAGUGUUUUUGGUCCCUGUAUAAUGAUUAAAUUACGAUGAUUUAAACUUCCCCUGGCCUUCAUUUGCAAGUAGUGGAACCCUUAGUGCCCAAUAGAACUCUAGAACCUGAGAGUAUAGGCUAGACCCAUGGAGGAAUCUAGAACCGUCAUGCCUGUUUGUGAUGAGGACUCCAGCGCCCCAACGACUAUCUGCCUUUUAGAAUGUUGUUCCUAGGGAAGGGAGGGCAGGAGAUUUCUGAACCAAUAACAAUAAUGGAUUGGACUUAUAUAGCGCAUUUCUACCAACUGAACUACUCCAAGCGCUUUACAUAGUAACUCACCUCAUACACCACUUGGAGGAAUGUACCAUUUCAUGGUUCUACAUCUGUUUCUAGACCUGACUGAGAAGUCAGUCAUGAGAUCCUUCAUUCUUCUUGACUCUUUGUCAAAUUGCUUUGUCAAUCCUCUAAAUAUACCACUUAUCAGUCUGGACCAAGACUCACCUGAGCUCCUGUCCUCAUCCAGUAGCUCAGUCCCCAAACUGAGACUCAUUAGGAACCCUGUUCCCAAAUUCUGUGUGUCUAGAACCAAGAGAACACUCGGCUCCUCAAGGCUCCCAGAAGGAGUUAGUCCUGCUAAUCCAUCGAGGGUAGAUGACAUUUCCCAGAAUCCUAUAGAACACUGUCUUCUCCCUCAUGUGUUCAGACCCAGAAAC